AUGGAUGGCAUGGAGGGUGCUGGAGACACCUCUGAUGCCAGCGGCCGUGGGUGGCGCAGAGGUGCUGGCAGUCAGGCAGGACUGGCCGGGCGGAGCCCUUCCUCUCUGGAGACCGUGGCUGCCCCGAGCCCAGGAGGGACACGCGCCGCGGCGGGAGGAGAUGGACGCUCCCGGGCAGCGGGAGCGCGGUACCACCCGGCUGUGUCUCCCCAGGCUCGGGCAGCGGAGGGGCACGGCGGUCCCGGCAAAGCGUUGGCGUUCUUCCAGCACCCGGUCAGGCUCCUCUGGCCCAAGUCCAAGGCCUUUGACCACCUGUACAGCGUGGGGGAGAAGCUACUGGAGAACUUCCCGGUGCAGGCCACCCUCUGCUUUUAUGAGGACUCGGGCAGCGAGGAGGAGGAGGAGGAUGAUGAGGAGGAGGAGGAAGAAGAAGAGAAGGAUGAUGAAGAAGAGGAGGCGACAGGGGAUGUGACCGCGGGACACCCGCGGAAUGCUGGCAGCCCUGACCCCAGCAGGCCGGCGUGAGGCAACAGGCAGGGGA